AUGGCUGAACUUGUUGGGACAAUUCUUGAUGUUUUUAAGUUCAUUGGCAGUAAAGCUAGCAAAUAUCUGAAAUACCAACGGGAAUUUGCUGAAUAUGGGGAUUUCAAACGAGCACAAGCUGACUUGCGUGCUAAGGAGGCAGAUAUUCAACAGCAAUUGUAAAACGAGCAUCACUUUGGGAAAAAGCCAAAGCAAGGAGUAGAAUGGAUCAAAAAGGUAGAGGAAAAGCUUGCUCAUGCUCAACAUGUUGAAGACAAAGUUAGUAAAGGAAAAUAUCUCUUUCGUUCUUGCUUGGGGAAACAACUUGAUGAAUCGACUCAGGCAAUGAAGGAAGUGCAUGCUGAAGGUCAUUUCCCCGAAAUCUUGCUAGUUAAUGAUCCUUCUACCAUAGCGGUUAACCUAUCUACAACAAAAUUAGUAGGUACAGCUAAUGUUAGAGAAGAAAUUUAUCAGUCUUUAAUGGGAGAUGAUGCUGGAAUGAUUGGAGUGUGGGGGAUGGGCAGAAUUGGGAAAACAACCAUUAUGAAGGGUGUCCAUAAUAGGUUGUUGAAAGAAAGCAAAUUUAGAAAACUGAUUUGGUUACAGAAGAACAUAGCAAGUCAAUUGGAAAGAAACUUUUUAGAUGAUGAAGAUACAAUCAUCCGUGCAGGGAAGGUAUCAGAAAUUUUGAGAAGAUAGGGGAGACAUGUGCUGAUAUUGGAUGAUGUAUGGGAAAGCUUUUCUCUUGAGGACGUUGGAAUUCUUAAGCCAACAUCAGAAAAUGGAUGCAAAUUAGUGUUGACAGCACUUUUAGAAAGUAUUGUUCGAUCAAUGGAGUUUAAGAAAGUUCGAAUGCCUUAUCUUCCUAUAGAGGAGGCCAUUAACUUAUUUUUAAGCAAAGUUAGACGCGACAUGUUGACUAAUCCAACUUUAGAAUCGUUUAUGAAACUUGUUGUGAGGGAAUGUGAUGGACUUCCUCUUGCAAUUGUUAAACUGCUCCUAGUGAUGGACUUCAUCAGCCGUAAUGCUAGCAAAUAUUUAAAAUACCAAAGGGAGUUCACUGAAUACGUUGAUGAUUUCAAACAAGCGCAAGCAGAUUUGCAUGCCAAGGAGGUAGAUAUUCAACAGCAAUUGAAAGACGAGCAUCACUUCGGGAAAAUGCCAAAGCUGGAAGUUGAAAGAUGGUUCAAGAAGGUAGAGGAAAAGCUCACUCAUGCUCAACAUGUUGAGGACAAAGUUAGUAAAGGAAAAUAUCUCUUUCGUUCUUGCUUGGGGAAGCUUGUUGAUGAGUCGACUCAGGCAAUGAAGGAAGUGCAUGCAGAAGGUCGUUUCUCUGGGAGCUUGAUGGUUAAUGAUCCUUCUACCAUAGCGGUUAACCUACCUACACCAGAGUUAACAGGUGCUGCCGAUGUUAGAGAAGAAAUUUCAUAUUUGAUGGGAGAUGAAGUUGGAAUGAUUGGAGUAUGUGGAAUGGGCGGAAUCGGGAAAACAACCAUAAUGAAAGACGUCCACAAUAGGUUGUUGAAAGAAAGUAAAUUUAGAAAAUUGAUUUGGGUAACUGUAUCCCAAAAUUUUGAUAUUCAAAGGCUGCAGAAGAAUAUCACAUGUCAAUUGAAGGGAAACCUGUCAGAUGAUGAAGAUACAAUCAUCCGUGCAGGGAAGUUGUGGGAAAUGUUGAAAGGACAAGGGAGUUAUGUGCUAAUAUUGGAUGAUGUAUGGAAAAGCUUUUCUCUUGAGGACGUCGGAAUCCUUAAGCCAACAUCAAAUAAUGGAUGCAAAUUAGUGUUGACAACACGUUCGGAAAGGGUUGUUCGAUCAAUGGGAUUUAAGAAAGUUCAAGUGCCUUGUCUUUCUAUGGAAGAGGCUAUGGACUUAUUUUUAAGCAAAGUUGGACUCGACAUAUUGGCUGAUCCAACUUUAGAAUCGUUUUUGAAAAUUGUAGUGAGGGAAUGUGAUGGACUUCCUCUUGCUAUCGUCACACUAGCUGGUUGUAUGAGAGGAGUAACUGAUCCUCAUGUGUGGGAAAAUGCUAUAGAUGAAUUGAGAGGAUACAUCAGAAACAUCCACGAUGUGGAAGAUAAGGUGUAUGGAUGCUUGAAAUUCAGCUAUGAUCGUCUUAAACAAAGAGACCAAGAAUGUUUUUUGUAUUGUGCAUUAUAUCCUGAAGAUUACGCAAUCAUAAAAGAGGAGUUAAUUGAACAUUGGUUGAUAGAAGGACUUAUAGAUGAAAUGGAAAGUAGAAAAUCAAUGGAGAGUAGUGGUUAUUCCAUCUUGCAGAAUCUUGAAGAAAAUUGUUUGCUAGAAAGGGCUGAGAGGGAUUCUUAUAAUUCCCGUUUUAUUUAUAAGAAGACUGCGCAUAUGCAUGAUGUUGUUAGGGAUAUGGCAUUGCAUAUUACAAGGAAAAAAUUUAUGGUAAAAGCUCGUAUGCAGUUGAAAGAGUUACCAAAGGAGGAAGAAUGGAGUGAAGAUUUGGAGAAGGUUUCUUUAAUGCACAACUUCAUCUCAACAAUUCCUCAAACUAUCAAGUUUCCGAAAUUUCCAAAACUCACAACGAUGCUGCUCUCACAUAAUUCAUUGAAAGAAAUUCCAGAAUCUUUCUUUCAUCACUUUCCUAACCUUAUGAUUCUCGAUCUUUCUCAUAAUCCUUUUGAGAGUUUGCCAGAAUCUAUAUCUACUUUGGAGAAACUCACGGCAUUGUUGCUUAUUGGCUGUUACAAUUUAGAGAGUUUGCCUUCUGUAUUGAAGCUUCAAGCUUUGAAGAAACUGGAUCUUGAAGGCAGUGGAGUCAAAGAAAUUCCUCAAGAUUUGGAAAUGCCGGUAAAUCUUAGAUAUCUUAAUCUUAAAGGUACCUUGCAUUUAAAGGAGAUUCCUAAGGGAUUAUUGUCAAAAUUAUGGCGGCUUCAAUUUUUGGCAAUACGUUCAACAUUAAUAAAUGCAGACGAUAUGAGGGAAUUGAACAAGUUGGAGGUUUUUGAAGGUUGCUUCUUUAAUGUGGGUGACUUGAGCAAGUAUGCAGCUCAGAGAAAAAUGCUUUAUAAGUACUCCAUUUUGGUGUGCCCCUGGAACAAUCCUAUGCUAUACCAGCAUGGUCGCUCGAAUUGUAGGAAAAGGGUCGAAUUUGCUAUUGAAAUUAAUCCUGGAGAUGCAGUUGUACUUCCAUAUGAUAUUCAGCAAUUAAAUCUAAAGCUUUGCAAGGGUGUGAGAAGUUUAGAGGAUAUUGGAUUGAGGGAUGCAACUGAUUUGAAGGAAUGUGAAGUUGACUGUUGUGAUAAGUUGGAGGCUGUAUUUUCAUCCAAAUGCCAUCAGCUUCAAACACUCGAGUCUCUGAUACUAAUACGUUUACGAAAUCUGAAUGUCAUAGUUGGAGCUGGUGUCGAAGAAUCAUCAGUAGGCACAUUUUCCUCCCUUAAAGUGAUUACUCUAGUGAAGUGUGAGAAAAUAAAGAAAAUGUUUUCAGCUGAUUGGGUUCUACCCAACUUGGAAAAUCUCACUGUUUCAACUUGUAGCAAAUUGAAAGAAAUAAUAGCAGAACCCCAAAAAGAAGGAACAGGUGCCUUCAAAUUUUCUGUUCCCAAACUAAAGCGCUUGACUUUGUGUUCUCUACCAGAAUUGAAGAGCAUUUGUGGUGAAAAUGGAGUGAUAGUUUGCGAUUCCCUCGAAUGCAUUGAAAUAGUUUGUGAACAAGUAAAGCGGAUUCCUCUUUAUCUUCCACAGCUUCAGAUUGAUGAUGAAGGGAAACCAACUCCAUCUAAUCCUCUCAAGGAAAUCCGCGUGCAUUCAACAUAUUGGUGGGAAUCAGUGGAGUGGGAUCACCCUAAUUUCGAUGUUAAGAAAGUUGUUAAACCCUUGGUCCUUAACUGGCUUGACAGAAGUCUGGAUUGGAGGCCUUUAUAACGAUAAUAGUGUAGAUGCAUGCAUACAAUGGAAGGCGGAGGAGGCUGUGUUGUUCUUUGCUUAGCAAUUCUAGAGGUUUUCAAGAUUCCGCUGUUGAAAACUUUGCUUUCAUGAUUACAAU